AUGGCAGUGCAACUAGGAGAAGAGACUCCAGGAUGGAAAUAUAAAUGGAAAUGGUGCCAUCCCGACACCAGGGAAACCCUCUGUGAAAUUUCACAAAAGUUCAAAGAUCAAGGACUUGAUACCACUGACUUAGUAGUUCAUCUGUUUCUUGUGCAAAAAAUUCUUAAAGAAAUUUCAUCUUUUACGUUAGAUAACGAUCAAAAAUUGUUUACUAUUACUAGUACUAAUAACCAAGAUCCGACGUAUUCUUCAAUAAUGCUAAAGUUUACACCUUUCUCAGGUGCACACACCUUCGGGAGUGCUAGAGCAUUGUUUUCAGUCACCGUCUAUACAAUUUCAGUGGCACAGGAAAGCAGACCCAAGCUUGGAUCCCAAAUAUUUGCGGAGCCUUCGUGGAAGGUGCCUGAUGAGAAUUCGUCUUUUCUGAACGAACUUGAUCCAACAACUCCUAAAGGUUUUGACAAUAACUACUUCACAAACCUGAAAAGGAAUUUUGGUCUUCUGCAACUGACCAGGAGUUAUUUUUACUCCUGGUGCUGA